UGGUAGUGAUUUUGUGUGUGUCAGAGAGCAAAGUGAUUGAGUCUCUAAGAUUUUGUUUAAAUUGUGCAAUUUUUUGUAUAAAAAAUAUUUAAUAAAAUUAAAAAUUAUUACAAAAAUAAACAAUAAAUUGUCUACAACAAGCCUAAACGAUAAAUGUAUAAUAUAAAUAAAUAUAUUUUGGUAUUUAGUGAAAUGAAUGUGAAAAAAAAAUUAAAGUUUUAAAAAUGAAUAAAUAAUUCAACCUUAAAAAUUUGUGAAUAAAAAAAAAUUGUUCGUCGUUUUGUGUGCUGCAGAGUAGUAGAAGAAGAAGAAGGAGAAGGGUUGAAUAUCGCGGAUGGUUGAUUGAAUUUGUGUAUAAGUGGAAAUUUAUUGAAAUCCAAAGGAAAUAUACACACAAACACUACUGCUGUUACCGCAAAAGCCUACAACCACAUCAACAACGACGAACGAGGAGCAUACACAACAAUUUUUGCAAAAUAAGAACAGCAGCAACAACAUAUUGAAGAAGAACAAACAACAAAUACACGCACACACAAAUACAAAAUCCAACUUGGGCAAAAUGCCUAGUGCCUCUUUUACAUCAUCGCGCUCCUAUGUGCGACGUUCCAGACGAAAGGGUGCCAAUCGUAUUGCAUUACCAAAUCGUCCAACUGGAAACAUUAUGGAUCCCAUGCUCCAGAAUACGGCUUCAACGUCAGCAUCACAAUUAAAUGCAAAUUUAAUGCAAAAUCACUCUGCCAUGUCCUCAACAGCAGCAUCAACAUCUGCCAUAGCAUCCACCGCUGCUGUAGCCUCAUCGGCAGCCAAUGCAAAUGCAGGAGUUUCAACAUCCUCGUCCUCAGCAACUUCCACGUCGUCAUCAUCAUCAUCAGCGGCAUGUUCGUCUAGUAAUGUAGGCGUUUUAUUAUCCCUAAAACAACAACAACAGCAGUCUCUAUCAUCAUCGUCUUCCUCAGCCGAUAUGUACGAUGCUUCUGGGCCAUCCUGUUCAAAAUCACAGUCGGGAGCUUCAUGUUCACAUGCUUCGGCAUCUUCAUCUUCUUCAAACACAGCUUUAGCUCAAUUGGGUUCGGGCUCAGCGAAUGCCUCAACGUGUAAUCAAAUGUCAUCAUUUAAUAAUCCUUCUUCUCCGGAAUAUGUGGGAAUGCAUAUAAAUGAUAAUGAACCAGGAACUUCCAGUGGUGCAUUUUCUUCCUCCUCCCUAAUGGGCAGCAGUGGAAAUCCGGCUGCCUCCACAUCACCAUUAAAUUCAUCGUCAACAUCGUCGUCUUGUGUACAUCAACCGCCAUAUGAUUUACGAAGUAAAUUGCCUGCCAACAGUAAUCACGAUCAAUGGUCGACAUCAGUAUUGUCCUCAAACUCAUCAUCCUCCAACCCCUCCUCCUCUUCUUCCGCAUCGGCCAAUAACAACAACACAUCAUGCUCCAUGAGCAUUUCCACAGGAGUUAUUGUUGGUCCUUCGUCUGGCUCAAAUUUAAAUAAUAAUUUACCUUCGGGUUCAUCGUCGUCCUCGUCCUCUAAUAAUCAGACAGCAGCUGUAAUACAUGCACCCUGCACUAAUGCAUCAUUUCCAGUAAAUAAUGCUCACACAACCGGAGCUCCACUAACACACCCGCCAACCGUACAUAGUUCCAUACCACAACAGCAUUGCAGUGCCCUUCCCAUAGGCGGCUCUGAUACAAACAGUUUUAUGUUGCCGGCGCGCAAGAGAUCAAGACGUCUGUAUGCGAUUAGCGUAGAUACGGCGCUUAUGUCACCUCCCAGUAUGUCCAACUCAUACAACGGUCCCUCGGCGGCUCAAUAUUUGCAAUACGAACUACCCGAUGAAGUUUUAUUGGUCAUAUUCUCCUAUCUAUUGGAACAGGAUCUUUGCCGUUUGGCUCAAGUCUGUAAACGGUUCAACACAAUUGCCAACGACACUGAACUGUGGAGACGUUUAUACCAAUCAGUUUUUGAAUAUGAUUUACCCCUCUUUAAUCCCGAAAUUUCCAAAUUUAUCUUUGAGAAACCUGAAGAUUCGGAGUAUGCCAACGCUUGGAAGGAAAGUUUCCGCCAAUUGUAUCGUGGUGUUCAUGUAAGGCCAGGUUAUCAAAAUAAAAAGUAUCCCGGACGUUCCAUAGUGUUCUUUGAUACCAUACAAGCCGCUUUAGACUAUCCCGAGGAGAGAGCUGCUUCUGUAGGUGCUGCCUCUACUUCAAGUGCUGUGAUCAAUGCAGGUCUUUCGAAUCCUUCAGCUGGGGGAGCUAGUGUCAAUGCUUUGUCCAACAUGUACGAAGACGCUGUUCCGCCGCUCGAUCAUCCGGGUCCCUUGAUAUUUUUACAUGCUGGUCAUUACAAAGGAGAAUAUCUAUUCAUUGACUCGGAUGUGGCGCUAAUCGGUGCAGCUCCUGGUAAUGUUGCUGAGGCAGUGGUGCUAGAACGUGAAGCCGGCUCCACCGUCAUGUUUGUAGAGGGUGCCAAAUACGCCUACGUUGGCUAUUUGACGCUCAAGUUCUCUCCCGAUGUCACAUCCACUGUGUCGCAUCACAAACACUACUGUCUAGAUAUUGGUGAAAAUUGUUCACCCACUGUGGAUAAUUGCAUUAUACGCAGUUCAUCGGUGGUGGGUGCUGCAGUGUGUGUGGGUGGCGUCAAUGCAAAUCCCAUUAUACGCAAUUGCGACAUUAGUGAUUGUGAGAAUGUGGGUCUCUAUGUGACGGACUAUGCUCAGGGCACUUACGAACACAACGAAAUUAGUCGUAAUGCCUUGGCCGGCAUCUGGGUGAAAAAUUUCGCUAGUCCUAUAAUGCGUGAAAAUCAUAUACAUCAUGGCAGGGAUGUGGGUAUAUUUACAUUUGAAAAUGGAAUGGGUUAUUUUGAAAAGAAUGAUAUACACAAUAAUCGUAUUGCUGGUUUUGAGGUUAAAGCCGGUGCUAAUCCCACAGUGGUGAAAUGUGAAAUACAUCAUGGCCAGACGGGUGGCAUUUAUGUGCAUGAAAAUGGUUUGGGACAAUUUAUCGAAAAUCGCAUACACUCCAAUAAUUUUGCUGGUGUUUGGAUAACUUCGAAUAGCAAUCCUACCAUACGCAAGAAUGAAAUCUAUAAUGGUCAUCAAGGUGGUGUUUAUAUUUUUGGCGAGGGACGUGGUCUCAUCGAGCACAAUAAUAUUUACGGCAAUGCUUUGGCGGGCAUACAAAUACGCACAAAUAGUGAUCCCAUUGUAAGGCACAAUAAAAUCCAUCAUGGUCAGCAUGGUGGCAUUUAUGUGCACGAAAAGGGCCAAGGUUUAAUUGAAGAAAACGAAGUGUAUUCCAACACAUUGGCAGGUGUAUGGAUAACAACGGGCAGUACCCCGGUAUUAAGAAGAAAUCGCAUACAUUCCGGCAAACAGGUUGGCGUGUAUUUCUAUGACAAUGGCCAUGGCAAACUGGAGGACAAUGAUAUUUUCAAUCAUUUAUAUUCCGGUGUACAGAUACGUACUGGCAGCAAUCCCGUCAUACGGGGCAACAAAAUUUGGGGUGGUCAAAAUGGCGGUGUACUAGUUUACAACGGCGGUCUGGGUUUAUUGGAACAAAAUGAAAUCUUCGAUAAUGCCAUGGCCGGUGUUUGGAUUAAGACUGAUUCAAAUCCCACUUUAAAGCGUAAUAAAAUCUAUGAUGGUCGUGAUGGUGGCAUUUGUAUAUUUAACGGUGGCAAAGGCAUCCUAGAAGAGAACGAUAUAUUUCGCAAUACCCAGGCAGGUGUUUUAAUAUCAACUCAAUCUCAUCCCAUUUUACGACGCAAUCGUAUUUACGAUGGUCAAGCGGCUGGUGUUGAAAUAACUAACAAUGCCACCGCCACUUUGGAGUACAAUCAAAUAUUUAAGAAUAAAUUUGGUGGCUUAUGCUUGGCCAGCGGUGUACAGCCCAUAACGAGGGGCAAUCAAAUAUUCAACAACGAAGAUGAGGUGGAGAAAGCCGUUUCGGGCGGUCAAUGCCUCUAUAAAAUUAGCAGUUACACAUCGUUUCCCAUGCACGAUUUCUAUCGGUGUCAGACGUGUAACACCACCGAUCGUAAUGCGAUUUGCGUUAAUUGUAUUAAAAACUGUCAUGCAGGUCAUGAUGUCGAAUUUAUAAGACAUGAUCGUUUCUUCUGUGAUUGUGGUGCCGGCACCUUAUCAAAUCAGUGUCAACUACAGGGUGAGCCCACUCAAGACACUGAUACCCUCUAUGAUUCAGCAGCUCCUAUGGAAUCUCAUACACUUAUGGUAAAUUAACUAGAACUUUAACUGUAAGUAUUUCUUUUCUUCACUCACACUCUUAAACGAAAAACAAAAAAACCCAUUCGAAUUCAAACAAAUCGAAUUAAAAAACGUACGAGUUUUGUUGUGCUAACAAAAAGAAAUCUAAACCAUAAUAUAUUAAUAAUUAAAAAAAAAAAAGAAAUUAAGAAAAGAAAAAAAAAAA